UGCGAUGGAACCCAUACAUGGAAAACCCGUUGUUUCUAACACAAAGCGCCAUUUUGCAUGCUCAGUUUCAUCACAUCCAAAUACACAUACAUCGAAUCUUUAUUGUGUAUUCCGGCCAUCAGUCGUCUUCUCAGAUGUCUCUGAACUCGAGCGCCUCAUUGGCGAUAUGUGCUAAUUCGGCACGGGCAUGCACACACAUCAUGGCCGCUGCCAUCAACCGGGGAUCGAAAUUCCACUCGCAUAUCUUG